AUGGGAGGGGAGGGUGGCGUGGGCGGGCAUCUUGAAGACGUAGCACAAGAGGAGCAAUCACGUUACUGUAGCGAUUAUGACGGUGGAAUAGCGACGAAUGGAUCGAUUCUGUGCAAGCUCUCGCAGAAGACUGAGAAGGUUGGGCAGAGCUAUGUUCAAGGACGACACAAGAUGCGGGUAAUCGCGUCAGGCGAUGGCAUCAGCCCGCCGAUUAAAGGCGCGAUUAAGAAUAAAAGGACGAUGCUGCGUUAUGACCAUUUUGUAGAGUUUGAGUAUGACGUUCGCGUUUGUGAUAAGCUUUCCGGUGAGCACGAACACAUCGCCAAAGCCUAUAACCUGAGAGGUCAACUGCCUGAAGGGAGUAUGGAAUCUUUUGCAACAACCAUUCGUUUCGUCACGCUGAACCGCCGAACACUAUCGAGUGAACUUCAACAAGCCGCCCUGUCUAGGCUUCUGCGACAUCUCUGUGUGGCUUUUGCUGCACUGCAGGAAACACGCGUGAGAGAUCUGCCCGUCAUCAGCAUCGAAAAUUACACCAUAUACUGCGGCGAUGCUGAUGAGAAAAAAGUGGAUGGCUGA